AUGGCUUCCUUGUCUCUGGAGUCUGCAGAACAAUCUGAGAAUAGCCCGGGGAAGCCCUCUACGACGGAGGCCGCGGAUCCAAAAGACGAGACCGAUCCCGACGAAGUUUCGGAACAGCUACUGAAAACUUUCCAAAACUCGACUCUAAGCUUCUCCACUGACCAGGUAGCUUGCCUCUGCGAAGCCCUGAUGCAGGCGGGCAAUGUGGAUCGCCUUUGGAGAUUCCUAUCCACCAUACCUUCUUCGGCCGAGCUGCUACGUGGCAACGAGACCCUGCUGAAGGCCCAGGCGCUGGUGGCUUUCCACCGGGAGGAGUUCAAGGAGUUGUACGCCAUCCUGGAGAGUCACGAUUUCCACCCGACUAACCACGGGUUCCUGCAGGACCUCUACUUGAAAGCGCGCUACAAGGAAGCGGAGAGGUCCCGGGGUCGCAGCCUCGGCGCCGUUGACAAGUAUCGGCUGAGGAAGAAGUUCCCCUUGCCGAAGACCAUCUGGGACGGAGAGGAGACGGUGUACUGCUUCAAGGAGAAGUCUCGCAACGCGCUGAAAGAGUGCUACAAGAGCAACCGCUACCCCACCCCGGACGAGAAGAAGAACCUGGCCAAAGUGACCGGACUCUCCCUCACGCAAGUCAGCAACUGGUUCAAGAACCGACGGCAACGGGACCGCACUCCGUCCGGGACGCACAGCAAAAGUGAGUCUGAUGGCAACCACAGCACAGAAGAUGAGGCAAGCAACAUGGAGGACACCUCUGACAAGCCGGAAGAAGUUUCUGGCUCUACAAAUCCCAUUAUCUCUCUCUCUGGUGUACCCUGCAGCACAGGAGGCCAACUUAUCCUCAAUGGGUCUAGUGGUUUUCUCACUGCUUCUCAACCAUUAUUGCUUAAUGGGAGUUCGUUGAUCUCUGGUGCUGGUGCAGGUGUAAUAAUCAACGGACUAACUCUAAGUGAAUGCCAGACUGUAACACUGAGCCCUGUUGCAGCCAACUCUCCCCUGAUCCUCAAUGGAGCCCAGGUUAUAACCAAACCUAGUAUUAGUGUGCAGCAACAGCCACAGCAAGGAUUAUCUGUGGCAGACCAGGGGGUCUCAGCCAUGGAGGCCAAGCCAAGCAGUCUCCAAACUGUGGUUUUUAGCACUAAGAACACACCCAUCUCUAACCCCACAUCAGCCAUCUCUCUUCCUCUGACAGUGGAAACAAAGACAGAGAGUGACAAUGGCACAACCAGCGCUCUGGAUUUCAUCAAUGUCCCCAAUGGAAUGGAAAUCAAAUUAGAGAACAGAGGUCAGGCAGCCUCUCCCCCUUCCUCAUCUUUGUCCUCUUCUCCCUCGACUAUGUCUUCUCCAACCUCUCUCCCUUCGCUAGUCUUAACACAGAAUGGACCACUUCAGGAGCCCCUCACCCUACCAGCCUCCUUAUCCUCUGCGGGCAUGGUUAUCUCCAGUCCUGUAGUUUCUCUUUCCAGCCAGCAAGGAGAAUAUGUUGUGUUUGCCACUACUGGCUCCCAGUUAACCUCUCCUAGCUCCAUCUGCCAGGUGGUGUCCUCCUCCAACCAGUCCAGUCCUCAGGUAUUCUCUCUGCCCCAGGUUGUGCCCUCCAUCCAAGGUAUACCAGUAUCCCAGCUGGUCCAGCAAUGCUCUGGUGCCCAGGUACCGCAGUGCCCCCAAUUGGUCCCCGUAUCCCCGCUCACUUCUCCACUGCCCCAAGCCACACUUCCUCAGUUUCAAAGCCCCCAAUCUUUGAACAUAGGUCAGAGACUGGCCCAAUCUAUUUCUCAACAGCAGCAACAGAAUGUGUCUACAACUCUGAGUGAAGGAGCAGCCUCUAUUGUCUCUGUCUCUCAGCUCACCAAUGGCCAGCUCCCCCAGGGACUGACACUCCAGUUGGCAGACCAGACCACAGCCCCCACCUCCUCUCUCACACAAAUCCAGUCUCCACCAGCCCCACAGGUUAUCCCCAUUUCUUCACCAACACAGGUUGUGCCAGUCCCCCAAUCGAAAGACACACCUCCAGCACAGAUGGUACCCCAGUUGGUCCCAGUUUCCUCCAUCCCAGCCUCCUCCACCCUCUCUUUCCCCCAGGUCGUGCCUGCCCCUCCUUCGCUAACCACCCCCUCUCCUGGAGUACCCUUCCAGAUCCUAACCUCUUCUCCUGGGGCAGCUGGUGGGGUUGCACCGGGUCACUUUAGGAUAAACCAGCUGGGGCCCAUUCAGAGUGUUGGACCCCCAAGCAGUGUGGCUUCUGGUAUGCAGCUCCUCAACUCUGGGGUCAUUCAACUCCCCUCUGCUUCUCCAGGUAACCUCCUCCUAGGUGGGAGCCCUUACUUUAGUGUCCAGCAAGGCAAAUUGAUUCUGACCAUCCCAGCAGGCAUCCAGUUAACCAGCCUGCCACUCAAACCAGUCCCUGAGACGUCUCCCGUCUCCACCAAUGGAGUGGGCCCCAUUCUCAUCCAGGCCACUCCUCCUACAGCCUCCCAGCCAACAACCACAUCCAGCUCAGCCCCUGGCACCCUCUCAUCAUCUCCCCUCAGCUUCAUCAACUCAUCCCCUCUAUACUGUGCUCCAGAGACUGGGGUUGCACCUAUCCAAACCCCCACAGUUCCCUCUCCCCAUACACUAGACCAAACAGUCAGCCCCACACCACCCAACACCUUAACCCCAGAAAGCAUGCUCUCUCUUAGCCCCAUGUGUAGUGGAGUGACUCCCAACACCCAGCUGUCUCAGUCUGCCUGGAGCCCUGUACCUCUGUCCACCUCAAAUAGCCUAACUCUGUUUGAUCGUGGGAAGGGGGAUUUACCUGAAGACCCAACAUUGUUAGGCCUACCUGGUGGAGAGUCCCUGCUUCUGGGAAGCCCCUCCCCAGAGCAGGAUGUGGAGACGGGGUCACCAUUGGGCCAUCCAGAGGAGAUGGAUGGGAACUCUAAGAUCCUCACACAGCUACAGUCAGUUCCCGUAGAGGAUGACUUGGGCUUGUAA